AUGAGACCUACACAGAUUAACUUUGCUGCUGCAAAGAAGACCAGCUUCAUCAGAAAUAUCCCAGUUGAGUUAACACCACUGUUUAUCGCCACUGGAGUUGCUUGUUGUUCCGCCGUUUAUUUCACUACCAAGAAGUUAAGAACCGACAGAACUCUUCGUUUAGGUCGUAAAAACCCAGAGUUCAACGAAAAGUUCGAAGAGGCUGUCAGCAAGAACGAGUAA